UCAAAGCUUCAACGUUUCGUUAAAACUACAGUCAAAAACGAACAAACCAUCAAGAUGCCUUGCAAGGGAUGCGGAAACAACUGCCAGUGCUCAGCCGGAAAGUGCGGAGGCAACUGCGCCGGAAACAGCCAAUGCCAAUGUGCCGCCAAGACUGGAGCCAAGUGUUGCCAGGCCAAGUGAUUGGUGUCCACAAAUAGCCCUUAUUGAAUAGUACUUACAAAUCUCCGACUGAUGCUUAAUAAAAACCAUUAUAUGUUAUAGUUAA